CGCUAGGGCCGGUGCGGCUGGGGAGCGCGUAGGGGCGCUGGCAACCGUGCGGAGGGGGAGCGGGCAGGCUGGGCGAGGCGCGGAAGUCGUGGGCGGCGGCGGCGGAAGCUGUCGCGCAGCCUCGGAAGUGAGUGUCCGCUCACGCCGCGGCCACCCGGCUCCGGCCUGCCGGCUCUGUUUAUUGUUUUGGUUCCAGAUCGCCUGUCCCGCCCUUCUGCCCAAUCAGAGCUGUGCGGCAGGAGCGCGGCAUGGAGCCGCAGGUGAACCUCCGCGUGAGCUGCCGCGGCGAGACCCAGAGCUUCCUGGUGUCGAGCUCGGCGCACACGACGUGGGCGGACGUGGAGGCGAUGGUGAAAGUUUCAUUUGACUUAAACAACAUUCAGAUCAAAUAUGUUGAUGAGGAUAAUGAUGAGGUCUCUGUGAAUAGCAAAGAGGAAUAUGAAGAAGCUUUGAAGAUUGCAGUUAAACAAGGAAAUCAACUCCAGAUGAAUGUGUACGAAGGAAACAGUUCUCCAGAAGGAAUUUCAUAUUCUUGUCCUUUGCAACUGUGUGAAAACACUAUGUCAGAAGAGUUGGCUGUCAUUAAAGACAGGAGGAAACCUCUCUCACACUAUUCCAUGAUAACUCCAGGGUUAGAGGAAGACAAAAAAAAUGAAAAGGAGGUGACAAAUCAGCAAAAGUUGAAUCUUAAUAGAAAAGGAAGAAAAAAUGAAAAUCCUCCAAAAUGGUUUACUAGCUACUUGGAAACAUUCAGGGAACAGGUAGUUAAGGAAACUGUUGAGAAACUUGAGCAGAAGCUAUAUGAGAAGCUUGUUCAUCACAAUCAGCCUCCAGAUUUUUCUGAGAGCUCCAUUACAGCAGCACCUCCAACUUUGGAGACCAAGUCAGUGAAUGGCAGCCAGUGUGACUGGCUGAUCUCCUGCUGCAACUGUCAGACCCGAAUCGUUGGAGUCCGCUAUCAGUGCAGCCUUUGUCCAGCUUAUAGUAUCUGUGAACAAUGUGAAGCAGGAACAUAUGUGCAUGAUCCCAAUCAUGUUUUGUUAAAGCUGCGAAGACCUAUACUGUGUGUUGCUGAGAAUUAUGGUCUUGCACAGUUUUCACCUCGCCUCCCUGCUUCCCUGGAGCAAGUUAGGCUCCAGAAACAGAUGGACAAAAGAUUUCUGAAGGCAGAAAAGCAAAGAUUACGAGCAGAGAAGAAACAACGAAAGGCGGAGGUCCGAGAGCUCAAAAAGCAGCUCAAAUUGCACAGGAAGAUUCACCUGUGGAACUCUGUCCAUGUCUUGGAAACUAGUGGUUCACCAACUCUGAAGUCUGAGAGUCUCCAACCCUUCAUGAAUUCCAGCCAACCCUUCCAAGCAAUUGUCCCAACAUUGAGUGCAGUAUUUGUGGAUGAGAAUUUGCCAGAUGGGACUCACUUGAAGCCAGGAACAAAGUUUAUUAAACAUUGGCAAAUGAAAAACACUGGCAAUGUGGAAUGGAGCUCGGAUACAAAGCUGAAACUUAUGUGGGGAAAUUUGACGUUGGCAUCUUCUGAAAAAGAUGUGUUAGUACCAUCCCUUCCAUCAGGGCAAGUAGGAACUGUUUCAGUUGAGUUUGUGGCUCCUAAUAUAGAAGGAACCUACACAUCUCACUGGAGGCUGUCACACAGAGGGGAACAGUUUGGGCCCAGGAUUUGGUGCAGUAUUGUUGUGGAUCCCUCCCCACCUACUGACUGUCUAAAGAGCAAUUGGAAGGAUUCUGACUCCCAUCAAAAGGAUAAAGCUUCUGGUAACAAACAGGAUGCUUCCCUGAGGACAGAAGCAGAUGCUCAAAUGAUGGGCAAAGUCAUGGAGCAGGCUGAAUUACCUCUGUCAAAUACUCCUUUAAAGAUCAGAAAUCUGCCGAGUGAGAGACAAUUUUAUAUCCCAUCAGUUGAUCUCCUCACUGCACAGGAUUUACUGUCCUUUGAGCUACUGGAUAUUAAUAUUGUACAGGAAUUGGAGCGAGUGCCACACAAUACUCCAGUUGACAUGACUCCAUGCAUGUCACCUUUGCCAUAUGAUAACCCCUUGCUGGAGAAACCUGGCUUAGGUCAGAUAGAGGAGGAGAAGGAGGGAAGUGGAUUUAAACCACUGCCUGGAGUGGCUGAAGCCUGUUUGACUGCUGAUACUUGCAUGGUGAAAAUGAGAGCUGAGCAUCCAUUGAACCAGGAGGAAGGGGAAGAAGAUAUGAGUGGGACUCAAUUUGUCUGUGAAACUGUCAUUCGUUCUCUUACCCUGGAUGCUGCACCUGACCAUAAGCCCCCACAAAGGAAAACUGUGCAGAACUCUUUGCAAACACUAGAAAAUACCUUCAGCUGUAAUCUGAAAAGUGAAGGAUCUCCUAGGAUAAAAACUAAUUAUACUUCCAAAAGAGAAGCAAAGAUUCACCACUUGGAGGCAAUGAGAGAAAAUGAAUAUGAGGAACUCCCAUUGUCUGAUGGGCAAGCAAACACCUGUAGUGAGACUGGCAAUUAUGAUGAUGAUGAUGCUACAGAUGAUGUUCAAAGUCAAGGCUCUUCUGCUUCAUCAGAGGAUUAUAUCAUUAUUCUUCCUGAGUGUUUUGAUACCAGCCGUCCUUUAGGAGAGUCCAUGUAUAGUUCUGCUCUUUCUCAGCCCAGUUUGGACAAAACAGGAGAACCUGAAACACAAGCAGGGAAUCCAGAAGGUGGAAGCCAGCUGCAGAUCCACAGCAUCAAUGAUGUUUUGACAGCUGUAGUACCUUUGACCUCAGAGAUCAUGGACACCGUACCACAGAAACACAUGAAUCUUGCUUCUCUUCAGAAUCAUGUCUUCGAAGAACCAAACUUACCAGCUUCAGAGGAUGUCUCUUCCACCUCUCUUGAUCAAAUAAGAGAAGAACCCAGAGGUGAAGACAGUCGUGGACCAGAAUCUUCUGGAUUUAUGACUAGUAAAUCAAAGUGCUCAGAAUACUCAAGAUACCCCCAAGGAAGCAGCAUUGCAGGAGGACUAGUUAAAGGAGCUUUGUCAGUUGCUGCCUCUGCCUACAAAGCACUGUUUGCUGGGUCGCCCACUAUAGAACAGCAGCCUACAGCUACAGAAGAGCAUACUGCCACUCUUCUAUCCAGUCUAUGUGAGAUGGGAUUCUGUGACAGGCAGUUAAACCUGCAACUGCUGAAGAAACACAACAACAAUAUGGUUCAAGUGGUAACCGAAUUACUUCAGAUCAAUAACAGUGACUGGUAUGGUAUUAGAUGCUGAACUUUUCUGGUGAAGGGAGGAACAGUCUUCAUUGAGCAGACUCAUUAAACACUGCAACAGUAGCAGGCUGCUCCUCAGCUUUUUCUGUUCUGGGGUGCGGCUAAAAAGUUUGUGUUCCUUAGUGAACUUUUGAGGUGGAUUUUUCUUCUGUCUCUUCUUUUUUUUUCUUCUUCUUUUUUUUUUUUUUUUAAUGGAAAUGUCACAGCAUUAUAUCAAUUGGAGACCAGAUUGUCAACUUUACUUUGGACCUCAUAAAUGAGUAGCCUUUAAGUCUCUAAUCUGAUACUGAAUUCCUUUUAUCUGGGAAUCCUGUAGAAUGACUUCUAGUCAAGUGAAAACUUCCCCUUUUAUUGAGUGUGAAGAAAUUUUUAAGGCAGAUGGAAACUCCUGUUGACUGUAACAAGCUUUGGAAGAGGAACCAAUGCUAAAUGCUGCUGUAAAAUAUAUAUUAGACAAGACUACAAGAGAUGCCCACAGCUAGCAAUUUGCUUCUGAUAUAAUUUAGUAGCUGACUUUUGUCUAACAUAUGAUAGCAAUAUAACCUUUAAACUAUACAAAUCCUUUUAGAAGAAAAAGGUUGCUCAUAAAAUAGUCAUAUUAAACAAUGAAACAACUUCUAAAGUCAAGUGUAACUGCUUUUGAUUUAAUCUGAUAAGUAUCAAGAGUGUCAUUGUUUCAUGUAGUAGAAUGAAACAUGAGAAUAAAUUUACCAGCAGCUAUUAAACUAUCUCUAAUAAUGAUAGUAGUAUAUCUCUAACAGAAUAUAUAGCAUACAUAAAAUACUUUGUUAAAGUCUAAUUGUAGGAAAGGCCUUUCUAAGAGCCUUUUGGAGACGAUUUGUAAAGAGGUUAAAGAUUUGACCACUUUAUUUUUAUUUUUUUUUCUAACUCAGUGUAGUGCAAGCCUUUUAUUCUGCUGAUACUACGUGGAAGAAUUGAAGAAUGUGUAGAAAGCCAGACCUGAACUGGAGUGCAAAUUCUAGUAAUGUUUGGGAAUGUAAAGAGUGCCUGAGGUAGAGAGGGGUGACUUCUGGUUUAUUUUGAGAAUAAAUUUGAGAGUAUUAAGUGUACAGUCACCCUUGAUGGUUCUAGCUGGCCACAUUUCAUUGACACAUCUGUAGGAUUCAGUUUCUUGCAAGAUUUUGCUUUAGAUGCCCAUACUUAAUUUGGAAGUCUGAGAAUUCCCUUUUUAAACAUACCAAGAGAUUUGAUUCUGAAGAAUCUCAAGAAACCAGCAACAUCCACUGCUGUGCAGUGGAGUAUCAAUUGAUAAGUGUUUAGAAGCCAGUCCUCUGAAAGCAACAGCAGUGUUGGCUACAUUCUUACUUUCAAGCAGAUUUUUUUUUCCUUGCUGCAAUAAGAGACCAUUGUUCUGAAAUUUUAUAUUACUGCAGCUUCAAUUUUUUUUUCUGUUUUGACAGGAUGUAGUUGAAGCAGUAUUAGUAAUAUUAUUGUGACUGACCCAGUAAUCAUUAGUCUUUCUUAAAUACCUAAUACCCUUAUAUAAGAUACCAUAAAAGUGAGUGAAGAAAAAUGUGUAUCAUAGCAUUUUUGUUUUAAACCUAUUUUUAUAGAUGAUGGAAGAUAAAAUACUCUUAAAUGUUUAUUUUGAAAUAUAGUGGGCUAUUUUGCAGUGUUUCCCAUCUGUCUUUACCCCAGUAUAGCUCUAACCUGCUGUGGACCACAAAGAUCUUUCUGUAACUUGAACUUACUGUUUUUCUGCCAUAACUUUUGCAUUCUGUUCUGAGUACCUUUUGGCUCAUGCUUCCUCCAGGAGGAGGAAAGGGCAGGGAUGAAAUACAGUGGCUGGCAAUGUUUCUAAGCCUAAUGGGCUUGUCUGCUUUUAAUCAGGAUUUCACAGCAGGACACAUGUUCUUUCUAAGUGUAUCUUCAUAUUUGAGGAAUGUUAAUGUUUUCUGUAAAUUAACAAAACACUAAAAUGGUUUGAAGAAAAACACUUCAUUGCAGUUUGAAAUGUGUGGUGUGACAUGCUCUUUUCUUUAAUUCCCUACACUUUAAUGCUUAGUUUAUUCGUUUUAGAUGAUGUAUGCUCAGGCUUAGGGUACAUUUGUUGGCUUUGUAUAUUUUGUUAAUGGAUGCAUGGUAUAAUUUAUAAUAUAUUCUAGAGUGCAGAUUUGACCUCUGUAUCUUAUUUAGGAUGAGCACUUUAAAGUCAGCUGUGAUGGGAGAGGAGGAGGCAGAGUGGGGAAGACAAACUUUGCCUCUGUCCUUACAAUAAAACUUCUACCUGGC